AUGGAAGGUCUUGACUAUACCGAAACCUUUUCACCCGUAGCCAAAUUGGUCACCCUCAAAUGCUUACUUGCUGUUGCUGCUGUGCGACAUUGGUCUUUGCAUCAAUUUGACGUCCAAAAUGCCUUCCUCCAUGGCGAUUUGGAUGAAGAGGUUUAUAUAUUGCCUCCUCCAGGCCUUCGUCGACAGGGGGCGAAUAUGGUACGAGGUGCUUCUUUUACAGCAGUGUUACUUUAUGUAGAUGAUAUGAUCAUCACAGGAAACGAUAACACCGCAAUUGAAGAGCUUAAGAGAUUUUUACACAACAAUUUUUGGAUCAAGGACUUAGUCCAUCUAAAGUACUUCCUUGGAGUUGAGGUUGCCUACUCAAAGCAAGGUAUUGCUAUUUCCCAGCGUAAAUACACUUCGGAUAUACUUGAGGAUGCAGGUAUGAUUGGAGCAAAACCAACUAAAUUCCCAAUGGAACAAAAUCAAAGGCUCACACCUUCAGAUGGUGAACUACUCAAAGAUCCAUCACAAUAUAGACGCCUCAUUGGUCGGCUUAUAUACCUCACCAUCACAAGGCCGGACAUCACAUUCUCGGUCCAUGUUCUCAGCCAAUUUAUGCAACAACCAAGGAAACCUCACCUUCAAGCAGCGUACCGUGUCCUACGUUACUUGAAGAAGGCACCAGGCCAAGGUGUCUUAUUCCCAUCACAUGGUAAGCUGCAAUUGAAAGGAUACUGUGACGCUGACUAG